AGAUAGUAAGAAUAUUGAUCAAGAAUCUGUUGUUUCCGACACUGAAAGCUUUGUUAUAUCACCCCCAUGUAGGCUUUUGUAUCCUCUAAAAUACAUUCUAUGGUUUUCCUUUACCGAUUAUGGUGAGAAGAUUGAUCAAGAGUCGGUUGUUUCAGACAUUGAUACCUUUGCUAGAUCACGCCGAGAUGGUGAGAAUAUUGAUCAAGAAUCAGUUGUUUCAGACAUUGAUGCCCUUACUAGAUCACCUCCAGAUAUUGAAAAUGUUGACCAAGCACCUGUCAGUGAUUCUGUACAAUCACCAGAUAGUAAGAAGAUUGAUCAAGAAUCUGUUGUUUCCGACACUGAAAGCUUUGUUAUAUCACCACCAGAUGGUGAGAAGAUUGAUCAAGAAUCGGUUGUUUCAGACAUUGAUACCUUUGUUAGAUCUCCUCCAGAUAGUGAAAAUGUUGACCAAGCACCAGUCAGUUAGUGAAAAUGUUGACCAAGCACCAGUCAGUGAUUCUAUACAACCACCAGGUUCUAAACAAAAAAACCCCACAGACCAUGUCCGUUUUGUGGAGUUCUUCAAAGUAGACUCAGCAAGCACAUGUUGACUAAACACAAAGAUACCCCUGGCAUUGUACGUGCUUUAAAACUUCCUGAAAAAGAAAAUUUAAAUGUCUUAGGUUACAAGGAAUUUACAAGCACAAUGAACACUUAAUAAAGAGUGGUAAGACCUCAGAGUUGAUGACCCAGAGAAAGCUAAACAAAGAGACGCCCCUUUUAGUUUGCAGUUGCUGUAAAGGGUACUUUAGCAGACGUUUUUUCUUUGGCACCACAAAAAAGCAUGCAACAAAGAUUCAAUUGAAAUGGCAUCACCAUUACCAACCUCCCUCUUCAGACCCCUACCCAGUUUUGUGUCUGAUGAAUUUAAAUUCCAAAUUUUGAGAAGAUUUCGUGAUAGUGAGAUUGGACCUUGCUGCAGAGAAGAUCCAAUUAUUUGCCUGUUUGGAAAAACGCUCUACACAAAAAUGAAAAGAAAACAAGAUAAACAUGUUGAGGUACAGAAAUCAAUGAUGUCAGAUAUGAGGAAGGUUGCUACUCUAUACCUUGAGUUUAAAAAUUUGAAAGAUGAGUAUGACCUGACGGCAGAUGAAGGAGAAAUGUU